UAAAUAACAAUUUGGCAAUAAUUUAAUUAUUUGUAAAUAUAAAUCAAUUUUAAAAUAAUUUUAUGUUUCAUAUAAAUCAUAGUGCUGAUACUAACCUUGCAUUGACAAUUUAAAAUUGGAAUGACCAAUUUUUCAAUUAGUUGUAAAUAAUUUGAUAAUCAGUAUGUCAAAACGUUUUGGACGAACCAAUAGUUCCGAAAAUGCCAAGAGACCAAAGCUGGACAUAUCAGUCAGCCAGAUAUCCCGAGAGACAAACCUUAAUUACAGGACUAAUGUUCCAAUCACUAGUACCUCCAGUUCCUCGAGACCGUCGACGGUGGAAGUAGACCUGGACGAAUGGGGCGAAGAUCCUGAGGAAGAUUUCCUCGAGGACCUUGACAAGAUGGUGACUCAGGCGUCUCAAGGUGUUAGCACGUCAGUAAUAAGUAUUAAUCCUUCUCAAUUUAAAUUUAACUCAGUUAAAACUAGCCAGCCAGUGUCGCGGAUUAACUUGAACCCGCAGCCGCAGCCGUCGACGUCGAAAUUCAACCAAGACUUCAGACCAUAUCAGCCAUCUCAGAUUCUAGCUUCGUCGAAGAAUUUUCGCGUCCCACCUUCGCAAACUCUUGGAUCGUCUAGUAAUUUAAAAACAAUUGCAGAGACGCCAACGUCUGAUGAAUUCCGAAAUAAUCUUCUGGUGAACAAUCGGUUAAAUUCAACCUUUCAAGCUAAAAAUGUCGUUGCUGAUCCCGAUGAAGAAAAUCGCAAGAAGCUGGAGAAGCUGGAGAGUGAGAACAAAAAGCUGCUUGAUGAUUUGAGGAUAAAGGAGGGCGAGUCUAUCUACUUGAGGAAGCAGCUGAAUACCGCGCUGACCAAAACCAACCAGCUGUCAGUGGAAAAAGAAUGUGCUCUUGAGCGACAGGCUAAUCAGUAUCAAAUACAAAUCAAUGAACUAACUAAAAAAAAUGCAGCGCUCACCACACAAUUGGAGUUUAAUAAUCACGAUAUUAUUAAAGUCGCUGAUAAGCUAAAGAAAGCUUCUCGCGUUCAGUCGCCUCAAAAUAGUCUUCUUAAUACUUCGACGAAGAAAAAGAUAAACCAGACGUCCCAAGCUUCUUUUUCAUCCAGUACAAUUUAUAAAUUAAAGACUCAUGUAGUUCUAUAUCCGUUUGAAGAAAUUCCUCCAACGAUUUUCCAGCCAUCGCUGCCAGAGAAGCCUAUAGUUAAUAUCCAGAUUGUAGAUAGAAGUGGAAAAUGCAAUUUACCUAUUCUAGAGGAUGAAAAAACUCUGAGGAUUUUUGAAAAUCCCCAGAUUGUCAAGCCUAUGGUUACAGUAAUUGAUAAAAAAAAUUUAAAUGUUGAAUUUUUGCAUGUGGAUGUCGCGAGGAUUAUUAAAGUUACUGAGGAAGAAAUAAAUUCACAGGAUGUUAUUUUAAUAAUUAACAAGAUAGUGGCAACAACAAGAGAAUUGUUGUUGAAUAUUUUAACAGUCCUGGAAUCAAUAAAAUCGGCGAUGAACAAUGACGACAUACGUGACAUGAAUGAUGUAUAUUUAUCGGACUUUUAUGACACCGAUGUAGCUAAUCACCAAACUCUGUGCGACGCUACCGAAUGGCACGAAAAAGAGCGCGGUAUCGAAGCCCGAAGAUGUCUAGGUUUACUAGUAACAAUUUCCGAAAAAUCAACUUACCUUUCCGGAUACAUUGCAGGUACAAGUCAGCUGAGUACUCAGAAGCAAUACUUCAUCAACCAGAUGACCAGGUACAUGGAUUGGUCACAGCGAAAGCACGAGCACGAAAUGUUGGAGCUCUUUAAUGAGCUGGCCAUAGCGAUACACUUUGUCAGACGUUCUCACCAGUUCACCGGUGUAAUUUGCGGAAUCGCCAAGCUAAUUUCCAAUGUACAGUCAACAGUUGGAAUUACUCAUGAAAGAGCUUUGAAUUUAGCUGGAAAUAUCUUCAAGAAACUGGUUUUUAGUCACCCGUUGCUCAAGUCGCUCAUCUCAAUGACUGAAAUGAUGAAGAGCUUCAACCAGAGCGAAUUUUUUAUUAGCCGACUCAUCAAGUACAACCAGAGCGAUGAGAUGCAACUGUUCAACGACAUCAAUAGCUUCAAUGAUGAUGACUGUGUCUUGGAAAUUUAUUUGAAACAGUUGCGCAGUUUCACGCUCAGCAACGUUAAUAAGGUCAAUCUUAUGUACGAACUGGUAGGGUUUGCUGACGUUGCUCUGAAAGUUGGACACCUGAAACUGCCCAAGGAGAAAAAUUCUAGCAACCGGUGCUGCAAAGCGCUUUAUGAAUUUAUUAUUCAAAAUUUACACCGAUGCGCUACUAUUGACACAGAUGAGUUGAAAGAAGAGUUCAUCCGCAAUGAAAAGAGUAAUUUUAAUAGUUUGAGCUGUUGGAAAGGAAAAAUUGAGGGUUACUACUGGAUGAAAUUUCGAAAUAAAUUUUUAAAUCUCCUUAAAAUAGGGAUUAGGUUCCUGACAUUCGUCGCGUAUUGGGAUAUCGAGUUUUUUGUAAACUCCCCGGAGGAUAUCGAUAUUUCAAUUUUUUUAUUCAUGGAAAAUAUUGUCAAGGUCAAUGGUUUUGUUCUGAGUAAAAUAGAUAUCGAAGCUUUGGAACUGAUGAAAUCAAAAUUUUCAUUCGAUAAAGACGAAACGUGUAAACUAGAACCCGAGACGCCAGAGUGCAAACAAUUAUUUUCUGUAAAAAGUAUUUUUAUUGAUGAGCCAGCUUCUGCUAAUAAUGAUAAUAAAAAUAUAUCAUUUGAUAGAAAAGAUAAUUACGAAAGAACGCUGGAAAUGUUUAAAUCCUCUCUAAAAAUAUAAAAAAAUAGUAUUCUAAAGUUAUUCCAAGUAUUUCAAUUUGAACAAUUUUUUAUUGUUACUGUCUAUAAGUAAUUAAUUUAUUAACAGUGAUUUAUCGAGUAUAAAAAAUUCCUAGUGCCUUAAUCUUUUUUUUAAUUGUAAUUCAUUAUUAUUUAUUAUUUUAAAUCCAGUACAAAUGUUUUAUACUCGAAAUAUGUAAAUAGAUAAACUUGUUUAAUAAAUCAUAUGUAAUUAAUUUUUUUACACUAAAUUUAAUAUUUACAAUCAA